UACUUCAACUCCCCCACCCCUCAUGAAAGGGAAAUUUGCCACCCGUGCUGCAGUUCGUCCACACUCUUUAAUUUUAAGUCACUCCUACCAGAGCUCGUUCCCUCAGGCAGGGUAAGCCACUCACAUCCACGGCGUUAUCGAAUAACAAUACCUCAGUGGACCUACCAAGGACGCAGCCUUGGAGCUAUUUCAACCACAGAUUUUGUGUUGAAAUCAAAUUAUAUUUUUCUUGUUGUUGUUUUGCCGUGUGAUUGAGACCUGGACAAAAAAGAAAAAAAGUUGGCACUCGCAGGAGACUCCUUUGCGUAAAAGGACCGACUGAAUCAUGUAUUGCGCAGAAUCUCUGCUCACUUACGGUUAAUUUACAGGAGAGAGACGCAUCUCCAUCUCACAGGAUGCGUGUGGCGCGCUGAGUGUGAUCGCAUGGUUUGUUUCUUUUUUUUUUUGCGGGGUACAGGGAGUACCAAACUUGCGUAAAGAUCCCCGAUUCUGCACAAGUAUUGAUUGCUUGUCACAACUAAGGUGAUUCAUACAAUGUCAGCCAUACGGAGGAAAUUUGGCGAGGACUACCAGGUGGUAAACACCAACCACGGCAUUACUUUUUCCGCACCGGUGAAGAGAAAGAGGCAGCGGUUUGUGGAGAAGAACGGCCGCUGCAACGUCCAGCACGGUAACCUUGGCGGGGAGACCAGCCGAUACAUCUCCGAUCUCUUCACCACGUUGGUGGAUCUCAAGUGGCGCUGGAACCUACUCAUCUUCAUCCUCACUUACACAGUUGCAUGGCUGGUUAUGGCUUCUAUGUGGUGGGUGAUCGCCUACAUCCGCGGCGACCUGAGCCACGGUGGCCACGACUCGUCCUACACCCCGUGCGUCGCCAACGUGUACAACUUUCCCUCCGCGUUCCUGUUUUUCAUCGAGACGGAGGCGACCAUCGGCUACGGCUACCGCUACAUCACCGAGAAGUGUCCGGAGGGCAUCAUCCUCUUCCUCUUCCAGUCGCUGCUGGGGUCCAUCGUGGACGCGUUUCUCAUCGGCUGCAUGUUCAUCAAGAUGUCGCAGCCGAAGAAGCGCGCAGAGACGCUGAUGUUCAGCCAGGACGCGGUCAUUUCGCAACGGGACGGGAAGUUGUGCCUCAUGUUCCGAGUGGGGAACCUGCGGAACAGCCACAUGGUGUCCGCUCAGAUUAGGUGCAAACUCAUUAAGUCUAGGCAGACCCCAGAAGGUGAGUUCCUGCCACUGGACCAGUGUGAGCUGGACGUGGGAUUUGGGACGGGGGCGGACCAGCUAUUCUUGGUGUCGCCUCUAACCAUCUGCCACGAGAUCAACACGAAGAGUCCGUUCUUUGAUCUGUCGCAGCGCUCGCUCAUGAACGAGCAGUUUGAGAUCGUUGUCAUCCUAGAGGGCAUCGUGGAGACCACUGGUAUGACAUGCCAGGCAAGGACAUCUUACACCGAAGAUGAAGUCCUGUGGGGCCAUCGUUUCCUCCCUGUCAUGUCACUGGAGGAGGGCUUCUUCAGAGUCGACUACUCCCAAUUUCACAACACCUUUGAGGUCAAUACGCCUCCCUACAGCGUCAAAGAGCAGGAGGAGAAGUCGUCGUUGACAUCACCCAACCCUCUGCCUGUUGCACCCACCCCCACCUCCCCUCUGCUGGGUAACGGUGGCCGUGGAGGACGCCGAGAAAGGCUCCUGUCCGCCGACUGUGUAGAUCACUUAGAGGACCAACCCUCCAGGCUGCCUAGAAAACUCCAGCGCAUGAGCUCCACCAGGGAGGAGCUCCUCUGUAGGGGGUUAAAGAUGGGGCCGGCUUUGCCUGGGGGGAAAGCCUCCAGCACAGGAGACCUUCCGCUUAGUAUUCAGAGGCUGAGGUCCAGCUCCAUCCCGGUUGUGAUGCAAGGACAACCAGAGGAGCAGGUCCAGCUGUUGUCCUUGGAAGGAGAUGCCGAGGAGGGUGAGCUGGAUAGACACAGACUCCCAGCAGCCAUUAACACCAUUGCUGCUCCAACCCCAACACCAGUCCAGAUCCCCUUGGUAGGGAGUCGGCCAGAGGACAACUUGCCCGCCAAACUGCGCAGAAUGAAUGCCGACCGCUGACUUUUACAGACUUAAACAUUUUGAUGAUUGAAUCAGGCUUGAUGGGCAUUGCAUAUAAAUACAGACUACUGUGAUAUAAGUUAUAUUUUUUCCUGCAGAUUUUGUCCAGUAUAUUACAUUUACUUACGGGCUCUCUACUAAGUUGUCCAUUGCCACAAAUAGAAGGACAACACCAAUAAGCCAUCCAUCCGCCCAUACUGUGAGUCAUUUUUGAUAGAUCACCAUCUGUGCCCCCCCACUGACUUCUAACACUUCUGCCCUUGUGCUUGGUUCUUUCACUUCUGAUCAUACCAUCAAAGACUUUAGCAUCUCAAAUGACAUUUUUUCAACUGAUCAAGCACCAAAGUGUAUGAGUAAGACUGACCUGAAUUGACCGUUUGCUAAACCCAACCCCCGAGCGUUGACUGUCCCAUCAAAGCUAAGUAACUACAACUAGGAACAGCAGGUCUGUCAAGCUUUGGUGUACAUAAGGCUGUAGUGAAGGUAAAGAACAACUGAAUGUGAGGCAACGCUAUGCAAAAUUCGCUCCCAUUCAUUCAUUUUCCACGGCAAAUCGCUUCCCAAUGCAUUGUUGGGUUCCUGGUAAUGUAAGGUAGUGAUGGGGGGUCAAAAGUGUAAAGUUUAAAUAAAGUUUAAAACUUAAACUUUUCAUCUGUAUGCAAAAGAGACAAAAUGCACCAGGUGGCAGGACUUCGCUGACAAACUGACAAACAAAAAAAGCAAUGCAUCAGUCGGUCAGAAAGUUUAGUGUUUACCUGCUGAAGAGGAUAAUUAUUGUACUUUUCUGGUGUUCCUGGCCGAAAUUGAAAAAGCGAAAUUGCUGCUCGGCACAAGGUCCCGUAACUUAAAGGAGAAAGAUCCCACAAUGCUUACUAAUGAGCAAGCUACUCUGUUGUUUGCGUGCAUUGACCCGCCCAUGAGCAAGAGGUGUUGGAGGAUGCGUAAGUUGUUGGCUUCCAGGCAUGAGUGUAAUUGGAUUUGGAAAAGUUUAGACUUCAGCACCAAGGGUAGAGUCUGCCAAACAUGUAGGGUAGUCCUCUUUCAAAAUCCCGUUUCCAGGUAAUGUUAAAAAUGAAAACAUACAUGAGUAUGUAAGCUAAGCUGCAAAAACUCAAUCUCACCGGGCAUGACUGAUGAUUCCAGCCGCCGGAGCUGAUUGUGGCUGUUCUAGACAAUGAUUGUGACUCCACCAGAAGCACAACACACACACACACAAAAAAAUGCUGUUUCCUCUUCUACAUGGAUCAUCAACCUGUUAGCAUUAGACUCGUGUCGUGUAUGCAGCCAUUAAGUGCAUAUUUAAUACCCAUUGUGCAUCAUUUUAAAAAGGAGGCAGGUGGAAACAGCAACAAAUCAAGCCAACUCAAAACCGGUGCUUGCUGGCAAGAACGGAGAAAACCUGCUUUUGUCUACCUGUGAGUGAAAUCAACCGCCCAUUGUUUCAAAAACAACAAAGAAAUCGGAGUGUUAAAUCCGCCACUGUUAUCAGCGUAAACAGCGUGUGUGCCGCGCGGGGAUGACAGCUUGACAGGCGUAGCAACAGUAACUAUGGGGGACGGGGCUUAGCAAACAGUCAAUCAACGAGAAUUUGGUUUAAGAUUCAUAAAAACCCGCCGCGACACAGGUCAGGAUGAUACACUAUAUUUAUUUAUCACUUGUACUGAAUAUUUGUUUCCUUGAAUGCUCAUUUGAAGUGUGUUUACUACUGUACAAUUUUAACUAUUUUUACCUCCUGGUGCAGUGUUUGCAUUAGCCCGUUAUACGCAUGGGUGACAAAAUGUAAUCACGGAUCAAUUUUUUGGGCGUUCUUUCAUCAUGAACUGAUUUAUUGAACUGUAAAACAAAUAUUGAAUGCCGACAUCAGGGGACACCUAUUAUUGUUGAUAUGGAGGUAAUAUAAAACUUCAUAUUGCUACUGCUAAAUAAUAAAUUAUUUGAAAUCA